GCACUGCGACCGAGCAGAUUCGAAAUGGCACUUAACAGACGCGACUUGAAGGUGAUCUCGGUCAUCCAGCUUAUCAUCUUUUUGGUGUUUUUCAUUUUGGGCCUUGUGGAUGGAUUACAUGUGCGCUUCGCAUUUUCCAGCAUGACUUUCACAUCAAUCUGGCUAGCCAUCCUUGUGUUGAACGCUGGUAUCAUGGGCAUAACUUUGAGCACCAUGCAGAGACCUUCCUUAACCCUGAUGAAUUUCUUGCAGUCUGUGUGCGUAACCUGUGCUGCAAUAUCAGCUAUAACCAUGUACCACUACCUGUACGCUUGGUCCCAAUUGGUGGCUGUGAGUCAAUCAUCGCUAACUAGUAAUACACUGGAUCCCUAUUUCUUGACAACAGACAAGGAAGCAAAAUACACUCCAAAGCAAAAAUCCAUGGUGACUGUUUCCUUCCUGACCAUCAUGUUCUCCAUCAUUGAGAUCAUUCUUGCGGUGGCAACCAUCAGGACUAGUGAUGUAGGUGACAAGGGCUCGCAGGAACCUCAA